AUGUUCGUUGAAAGCAGGACUCGGUCGUGGAGCUAUAACUGUGUCCGUUGCCGUCUCCGAGGUGAUAACCGCUCCCACCCUGUCGACCACAGAUAUAUCGAUCUAAGCGACCCAGAGACCGAGAAAGCAGCCACAAAAAUCCAGGCUGUGUUCCGGGGUCACAAGACGCGUCAGAAUAUGAAGAGCGGCGACAUCAAAGAGGCAGUGCAAGAUCUGGAAGCUGAGUUUAGCCCUAACGAUCAAGAACUGUGCCACGCAGCUACGAAGAUACAGGCUUCUUUCCGCGGCCACAUGGCGAGGAAACAAGCACCCGUAGCGGCAGGCGGAGGCAAGGGCAAGCCUGAAGAAGACCUGAGCAAAGAACUGCAGAAGCUAGAUGCCAAGGUUGACGAUGAAUUAGCUGACAUAGACCUCAAUGAUCCUGAUCUAAAUAAGGCUGCCACCAAGAUCCAAGCGUCUUUCCGCGGGCAUAAGGUGCGCAAAGAAGUUAUACCUAAAGAUGGCGAAAACGGAGAAGAGAUGGCGACAGGACAAUGAGCGGUGGCCAUGUCACAUUCACGUCACGUUACGUCACGUCGUAGCACCGACGCGAUGCCUGAACCUGCUGAAGUCAUGUUAUCCAGAAGCAUUGCCUUUCAAUGCUGAUGUCAAAAUAUACAAGUUGUUACAGUUAUUUUCCUCUUUAUAAACUAUAUAAAAUUUAUAGAAAAAGAUAUAUAUAUUAGACAAAUCAGUGCCAGAAAAUGAAUGGUUCACAGACAAUGUUUUAUGAAUCUGGUUUAACAAUUACUAUUAUUCUAGUUCAAGCCGUUGUUGAAGAUUAAUAUGUUCUUGUUAUUUACGUAUGCAUUGGCAACAAAGCCAAAUUAGACCAGUGAUCUAAAAUGCUACUUAAAUCAUAUAAUUUAUUUCAUUGAGUAGAGACCUCAUGUAUGAUGAAAAUAUACGUCAAAUAUGAGAUUGUUCAUGGAUUUAUGCGACAGCAGGCAUUAAGGGUAUAUGUACACAGGCUUUACAUCACUUCUUGAACAUGUGGCAUAUUUUUAACAUAUGGAAUCAAAUUUGUUAUAGCUAAUUUUCCAAAUUAGAAGAACACUUCUUGAAACUGAGUUCCUCAUCAUGUGCAUAGUAUGCAGUCUGUUUUUGCUUGUUCUGGCUAAUACAUAUAUUGAAGAAAUUAUAAUUAUGUAUAGUAUUUCAUACAAGAUUUGAUCUAAAUUCUACGCUAAAUUAGAAACUAUCAACAGCUCUAUCUAGGAAUCCUACACAGUAGGACUUUCUUCAUAACCAAUCCACAAAGAACAUAACCCAUAUUAAAUGCCUAAAAGUUCAGAAUUCCAUACAUAUGCCAGCAACACUGAAUGGUUCUACAUAAAUUAUACAAGAGAAUGUGAUGAUUAUCCAAUUCUGAUGCAAGAAACAACCAUAUAUUUCAGUAAUUAAAUGUUAUACUUUCAUAUAACCAUAAUUAUUAUCAUUGUCAUUAUUAUUAUCAUUACUAGUCACUUUGAACGAAGAGAGAUAUAAGGUAAUCAUAAAUUUAUAAGAAAGUGGUACACAAUAAAAAUAUAAAUGAUUUAAAUUGUUUUUAUUAAUCAUAAGUUGUGAAUAUACAAAGAGAGAUACUAAACAAAUAUAGACAGAUUCACACAGAAGAACUAUUUCAUUGGUCCAGUUUGGCUGUCUGAUGCCGCAUCCUUUAACUGUAAUGCAACUCUAGCAUAGAGUAAAAACAUUUGGUAUUACAAGACACAUCAUGGUUCAAACAUCGGGUUUGGACUCCGUCCGUAAUACCGCAGAUAUGUCAAGACAUUCUAUAAACUCUACCUCCUUUACCGCCAUUUGAAACAUCCAAAAAGUAGUCAUAGGAGAAUUUUUAUGGAUGAAUCUAGAAAAGUUGUAAGCCCAAUCUGUUAAGGAAAAUUGUUAAUACAGUCUUACUGUCGAAUUUUUUUUCUUCACUUGGGCAAUACUUUUUACUUUGGCCUGAUUUGAUUGUAAAGAUUACAACUCUUCUAUCACUGUGUUGAGCCAAUAGUAUCUUCUGUGCCUCAGUUUAUAUCGAUAGAGCAGCUUUGAACACUUUCAAUUACACAUUUUUAGGGCUGACAGAAUUAUAAUUGAGUGCUGAAUACUCCAAGAUUAUUGUGACAUUAAGUAAUAUUGGCUCACUAAUUUUAACUGGUUUCACUGAAUCUGUCUGUUCCCUUGCUGAUUCUCCAUUUUGAAUUUACACAAUUUCUCUGCAGAUAUAAUAUUAAUGGUGCUUAUGAAAUUUUCAUAUCUGAAAAUAUGUGUAGUUGUUCUUGCUGGCCUGUAUCUAAACAACAGCUGGCUUAUAAAUUAAUUUCCAGCACAGUGGGGUAUUAUUCAACAUAUCACAUGAUGGGGUGGACAACGAGAGAAUUGGGAUUUCAAUCCAGCUCCACAGUUCACUCAGCCUCCUACUGGGAGCUGUUUCCCCAGGGGUAUAGCAUUCUGGGCAUGAUACUAGCCAUUGAUGUCCACUGAGUGCUGAAAGUUGAGUGGGAUUAGAGCCAUACCUCCACUAGAAGACCAAAGUUCAUAGUGGUCUGUAGUACCACUUCUUCAUCUUUACUUAAGUAAAAGAGUUACACAUUAACAGAUUUUACUUUGAACAGGAAAUUCUCACAAUGACACUUAAGGAGGUGGAUUUAAAGAACGUCUCUAUUCAUUGCAUUACUAAAGCAAAUAAUGACAUCUGUAAUUCUAUACUUGAAGAAAGAUUGGAAAAGACUAAUAUGAAUAUAAUAUAAUAUAUAUAUUAAAUAGCGAAUUAUAAUUAUAAAAGUGCUGAAAGUGUAAGAAAGUGAAAUUCCAGUCGUUUGUUAAUAGCACUCCUUCAUUAAAAAAAAAUCUAUUUUGUUUUCAGAAUAUCAGAAUCCACAUGAAAAGUGUGAUGCAUUCCUUUAAAGAUCAACCUUACUUUAUGUAGUCCUGUCAGUCACAUGAAGUAAUUAUUUUAUUUUUCAGCCACAUAUUCCUGGAAGGCUAGCUUUAUUAAUUUUUGUUACACUAGUAUUCUAUCCUAAUAAAUUUUAAGUGAUUUAUGAGAUUCGAGUUUUUCAUGAUGUUCAAAAUUAAAGAUAUCCUUUGUCUGUAAUGUGGUGCCCUGUAGUUUUGUAUAUAAGUUCCUCCAAAAUGUUGGUACCUGUCUACAAAAACUGCAUGACAUUACAUCCCAAAGAAUUGUAAUUUUAACUGUCUGUUUAAUUUCACUGUAACUGUUAAGUAAGGUGUCUGUUGUAGACCUUCCAACGCAGUUAGAAAUAUGUGAUUUGUGUUCAAGGUAUUGUUUUCUUAUGGUGAGCAUAGUAUUACAUUUAAGAGGAUGAUCAUUUUUCUGACAUUGUAAUGACAUUACUCACAUGAUUUUAUGUAGUUCUGUUUUAAAUUGACUACUUAUAUUUCAGAUGAAGCUACAUAACUAGCAACAUUUAAGCAUAUUUAUUUGACAGAAUAUCAAAUUAUGAAAAUAUAUACUGAAUGCUACCUGCAGAUUUGUGACUCUUAAUAAAUGUUUGAAUGUUAAAGAAGAACAUCUAACCUUUCAUUACAUUUCAAAACGGUAAAAUGAUAAGAAAAUUUAACACUCAUUUUAUUCUCUCAAAAUUUGCAGUAUCCCACAACUUACGCUAUAUGUGAAUAAUAAUAAUUCACUUAUAUAUUUUGCUUCUUGGGGUAAAUAUUACAUGAAUCCUUGGUAAUAUUAUUCAUAUAUUUCAGUAUGACUGUGAGAAGAAGCUAUUAGUGUUAAACAACAAUUUAUACUGAAACAAUGAAGCGGUUUUACUCAAACCUGUUUCAGUUUUAUUCAAAGUGUUAUAGAAACUCCAUUCCCACCAAAAAAUGAAGCAAACUAACGAUAUUCUAGUCAAUAUUCUUAUAGUAUCAUAAUUAAUCUAUAGCUCUUAGAACUGUGUAGUGUAUAUCAGCCAUUGCAAUAUUCUGCAUUCAUGUUCACUCAUUAUAUACAGCACACCGUCACUUAACGUUCUAACCGUACAUAUGCCAACACAUUACUGCUUAAUGUAAGGCCCCGUUCACGCAGGUAUUAUUUGUUGACUUAACAAGUAGAAAUGUAUUUUGAAUUUUCAAUUGUGAAGGUUCUGUCAUUUAGCAACAGAAUUUUCUAUUCCUGUGAGAAUGUGUAAUUAAGUGGAAUGGUCAAUAUGGUAGAGUGUGUCUGAAAUGUGACAGUUCUUGCAGUUGUAUUGACAUCAGUUGUUGACCUGAAGAAGGAGCUAAAUUUGUGAUACAUUUGUCGUGAUGUGUUUGUGUUGAAUGCAUUAUUCUCAUAUCAGCUGUACAGUGUAUAGCAAAAAUGGCCUUUGUGAUCAUAUAUACUGUGUGAAUUGAAAGCAGGCUAUGUUCGAAUUACUGUACUUGAAGCUAUAUGUGAACGGGGUUUCAGUUUCUUCCUGAUUAUAGAUAAUAUGACAAUGGCAUUGUUUAUGUAUAAAAUGCUUUUGGGUGGGAAUUCAUGUCUGUUUAGUUAUUUUAUAGAUAAGGAAAAGUUUCAGUAAUUAUCUGUUUUGUGUUCACCAAUGUAUAAAACAUUUUAUUGUAUUUGUUAAAUAAAGAAAAAUCAGUUUUGCUGACAUUAUGUAAAUUA